AUGUCUCCAUUAAUGAGCCCACUCAGCGGCCUGAUCCUGAAGAACAACGUAAAGGCCCACUACCAGAACCUUCCGCAGGCCGUGGCUGACUUCAUCAAGCAGGAGUGCCUGAACAACAUCGGGGACUCUUCGCCCCUCAUCCGGGCCACCAUCGGGAUCCUCAUCACGACCAUCGCCUCCAAGGGGGAGCUUCAGAUGUGGCCUGAGCUUCUCCCACAGCUGUGUAACCUGCUUAACUCUGAGGACUACAAUACGUGUGAGGGCUCGUUCGGUGCCCUGCAGAAAAUCUGUGAGGACUCUUCGGAGCUGCUGGACAGUGAAGCCCUGGACCGACCCUUAAACAUCAUGAUCCCCAAGUUCCUGCAGUUCUUCAAACAUUGUAGCCCCAAGAUCAGGUCCCACGCCAUCGCCUGCGUGAACCAGUUCAUCAUCAGCCGAGCUCAGGCACUGAUGGACAACAUCGACACUUUUAUUGAGAGCCUGUUUGCUCUGGCAGCAGACGAGGACUCCGAGGUGAGGAAGAACGUGUGCCGAGCCCUGGUGAUGCUGCUGGAGGUCCGCAUCGACAGACUUAUCCCCCACAUGCACAGCAUCGUACAGUACAUGCUGCAGCGCACGCAGGACCCGGAUGAGAACGUGGCCCUGGAAGCCUGCGAGUUCUGGCUCACCCUGGCGGAGCAGCCCAUCUGCAAGGAGGUGCUGUCCAGCCACCUCCUCCAGCUGAUCCCCAUUCUGGUGAACGGGAUGAAGUACUCGGAGAUCGCCAUCAUCCUCUUAAAGGGAGACGUGGAGGAGGAUGACACGGUGCCCGACAGCGAACAGGACAUCAAGCCCCGCUUCCACAAGUCGCGCACCGUCACGCUGCAGCACGAGGGCGGCGGGGGUGGGGGUGGCGGCGGCGGCGAGGAGGGUGAGGAUAUUGACGAGGACGAGGACGAUGACGAUGACACGCUGUCCGACUGGAACCUCAGGAAGUGCUCAGCGGCUGCCCUGGACGUCCUGGCCAAUGUGUUCCGGGAGGAGCUGCUGCCCCAUUUGCUGCCUCUUCUCAAGGGGCUCCUCUUUCACCCCGACUGGGUCAUCAAGGAGUCCGGCAUCCUGGUGCUUGGGGCCAUCGCAGAAGGCUGCAUGCAGGGCAUGGUGCCCUACCUGCCCGAGCUCAUCCCGCACCUCAUCCAGUGCCUGUGUGAUAAGAAGGCCCUGGUGCGCUCCAUCGCCUGCUGGACCCUCAGCCGCUACGCCCACUGGGUGGUCAGCCAGCCGCCCGACUCCUACCUCAAGCCGCUCAUGACGGAGCUGCUCAAGAGGAUCCUGGACGGGAACAAGAGGGUGCAGGAGGCGGCUUGCAGCGCGUUCGCCACCUUGGAGGAGGAGGCCUGCACCGAGCUGGUCCCCUACCUCAGCUUUAUCCUGGACACGCUGGUCUUUGCCUUCGGGAAGUACCAGCACAAGAACCUGCUCAUCCUGUAUGACGCCAUCGGCACGCUCGCCGACUCCGUGGGCCACCACCUGAACCAAGCGGAGUACAUCCAGAAGCUGAUGCCCCCUUUAAUCCAGAAAUGGAAUGAGCUGAAAGAUGAAGACAAGGACCUGUUUCCCCUGCUGGAGUGUCUGUCCUCGGUGGCUACAGCCUUGCAGAGUGGCUUCCUACCCUACUGCGAGCCGGUGUACCAGCGCUGCGUCACCCUGGUGCAGAAGACUCUCGCCCAGGCCAUGAUGUAUGUCCAGCACCCAGACCAGUAUGAGGCCCCCGACAAAGACUUCAUGAUCGUAGCUCUGGACCUGCUGAGUGGGCUGGCUGAGGGCCUGGGGGGGCACGUGGAACAGCUGGUGGCCCGGAGCAACAUCAUGACACUGCUCUUCCAGUGCAUGCAGGACACCAUGCCGGAGGUGAGACAGAGCUCCUUUGCGCUGCUUGGUGACCUAACCAAGGCCUGCUUCCCUCACGUCAAGCCCUGCAUUGCGGAGUUCAUGCCAAUUCUUGGAACCAACCUGAACCCAGAGUUCAUCUCCGUGUGCAAUAACGCCACCUGGGCCAUUGGUGAGAUCUGCAUGCAGAUGGGUGCUGAGAUGCAACCCUACGUGGGCCUGGUCCUCAACAACCUGGUAGAGAUCAUCAAUAGGCCCAACACGCCCAAGACUCUCUUGGAGAACACAGCCAUCACUAUUGGUCGGUUGGGGUACGUGUGUCCACAGGAGGUGGCACCCAUGUUGCAGCAGUUCAUCCGACCUUGGUGCACGUCCUUACGGAACAUCCGGGACAACGAGGAGAAAGACUCAGCCUUCCGGGGGAUCUGUGUGAUGAUUGGCGUGAAUCCCGGGGGCGUCAUCCAGGACUUCAUCUUCUUCUGUGAUGCUGUGGCAUCCUGGGUGAGCCCCAAGGAGGACCUGAGAGACAUGUUCUGUAAGGUAACCCCAUGCAGGUGCCCCGCCUCCAUCCCACUCGCUACCCACCCCAUGCCAGUGAUGACCUACAUUCAGACAUUCGAAUCCGAAUCCAUCAUGAGGACUCCUGUGCUCUGACGGUGUGGGAGGGGUGCGUGAGCUGAGCGGGUGUCCAAACGGCUGUUUGCCUCUCCGAAGCCAGUAGGGCGCCCCCUCCAGGCCUGGGCCUGUUCCUGGGUGAUGUGGAAGCGCAGUGCGGGGUUGAUUGUUACCAAGACGUAUGUCUGGUCUGGGUGAAGCUGGAGAUGCAGCCGGACCGGAUUGGGGGGGGCACCCUGUUGGCAGGCUCUGUUGUGUGGGUACAAAAACACACCUGACGCUAGUCUGCCCCCCUCCCCCCCCGCC